AUGACUGUCACAGUGACUGCCGGUGCCGAUGACACAGAUACUAAUGUUACUGUCAUGUUAACUUUAACUUCAACUUAUUUACUUGGUACUAGUAGUUCACAACAACAAACUGUUACUGUAACUCCUGCUAAUAAUCAACCUCAGACAGUGACUGCUCCUCAAAAUUUAUAUGAACAAACUACAGUAAUUACUAUUCCCAAGCCCGCAACUUCUACGACUUCAACAGCUCCAACAGUAAGUGCAACACUUGCCGGGCAAGUGAUCAUUACAGCCCAACCUACACCUACAGCAAUAUUGGUAGAUACAGCAGUUUCUGGUUCGAAUAUACCAGUUCAAUCAUCUUCUCAUACUUCUCAGUUUUCGUCAACAGCUAGCUCUAGCAUAUCGUCUACGAGCACUUCGUCUAUUGCCAUGGUUACAAAUAAUACAACACCAACAGGUUCAAGUUCAUUACGGUUAGGUUUAGCUAUUGGUUUACCGGUUUCCAUUGUUGGUUUCUUAAUCAUAUUAGUAUUAUCUUUUAUAGUCAUUAAGAAGCAUAAGUUCAAGAACACCCAAGAGAAAAUGUUGACUUACCAAUCUCAAUUCUAUAAUUACAAUGGUCAAGAUGUUGAAAGUGAGAAGACUAUGAAUGAAAACAAUCAUGGGGUGGAUUUGGAGGCUAAUCAACAAUCUAUUCCAAAGAGAAGAUCUUUAGGAUAUAUGCUUAAGGAUCGUUUCAGUAGAAUUAUUCGAGCUGAUGAUGUUCCAUCUUUACAAGAAACUUCAAUAUUACCCCAACCCCGAAAACAAUGGCGUGACUCCAUCAUUUCCCCUAUGAUCCUCAAACGAUUUAAUCUCAGUAGACCAUCGCCUGCUGCUGGUAAUAAGAAAGAAGUUAGUGCUGACUCAACCCCAAUAGAAUCAAAGGUAUUAUCAAUUCCAUUAAACGAACAGUCUCUGAGACAUAAACGGAACUUCUCCCUUCCUCCAAUAGUUGUACCUGAGAAAUCGUUGGAUCCUUUGCUGGGAGGUAUAAGCAAUAGCAUACAUUAUGACGAUAAGAAAUACAUUGUAAUUAAGGCAUAUUCCAAGAAUCUUGAUGAUGAGUUAACUAUCCGAACUGGUGAUAUGGUAGUGAUGCUAACAGAACAUUCAGAUGGGUGGUGUAAAGUUAAACUAAUUAGAAAAGGUGCUGAAUACUAUGGUUCUAUAAAUGCUAAAGAUGAAGGUAUGGUGCCAAGAUUAUGUUUACAAAAGUUAUAAGGAAGUACAGUACAGUAAAGUAGUA